AUGAAAUUCGUCCAAACUGAACAAGUUUUAGAAGUCCCAGAAGGUGUUACUUUAGAAAUCAAAGCUAGAGAAAUCAAAGUUGUUGGUCCAAGAGGUACUUUAACCAAAAACUUAAAACAUAUUGAUGUUACCUUCAAAAAAAUUAACAACAAACAAAUUAAAAUUGUUGUCCACAAUGGUGACAGAAAACACGUUGCUGCUUUAAGAACUGUUAAAUCUUUAAUUGCUAACUUAAUUACCGGUGUUACCAAAGGUUAUCAAUACAAAAUGAGAUACGUUUAUGCGCAUUUCCCAAUCAAUGUUAACAUCAUUGAAGAAGAAGGUAAGAAAUUUGUUGAAAUUAGAAAUUUCUUAGGUGAAAAAAGAGUUAGAAAAGUUCCAGUUACUGAUGGUGUUGCUAUCUCACAAUCAGCUACCCAAAAAGAUGAAUUAGUCUUAGAAGGUAACUCAUUAGAAGAUGUUUCUCAAAAUGCUGCUGAUAUUCAACAAAAAUGUUUAGUCAGAAACAAAGAUAUCCGUAAAUUCUUAGAUGGUAUCUAUGUUUCCGAAAGAGGUGUUAUUGAUGAAGAUGCUUAA